AAACGCAUUAUACAACUGACCGACUGUAUCAUGUAGCGAAUUUAAUUCGAUUCAAAAUAAAUCAAGGGUCAAAGCAUUAGCACAACUAUUUCAUCUUAAUUCAACAGACAUUUCAAUGCGAUAAUUUCGAAUGUGGUGCUUUCCGCGACUAUAGGGACAUUUCAUCUACCAGUAUCUACAACAGAAUAUUGAUUUUCUCCACCAAGCCACCCCUACAGUCUUACUUCCAACUUGGCUCUAUUUCCCGUGAACCCAAUACCAGAUAUGUAGUAAAUUUGACGGUAUUCACUGAAUUUUACCUAUUUCACGCUUCCACAACUGGAAAAUUAAUCAAAAACGCGAAAAUACCGAGUGAAAUGUUGAAAACAGAUGUAAGGGUCCUGCUGAAGACAUCCCCUGUCGAGAUUGUCAGAUUUUCAUGGGGUAUAAAUCGAAAAAGAACCGUAAACUGGAUCUUCAAGGUUUGGUGUGAGAAUUAAACUUUUUAUCGUUGUAAAUAAGAUCCGAUAUAGUGGCCGACAUAAAGGGAUCUGAAAAAUAGAGAAGUGUUAUGUGAUUUUGGGCGUUCGAGACGGAAGAUGGAAAAUUAUUUGUUUUUGUUGAAAGCUCAUGAAUUUGUGAUGGGUUUCGGUUGGAAUUCGUGACGGUGCUGGAGACGUAUUUGUGGGAAAUCUUCGGAAAAUGCAGAAUGAAACGAAACAGAACUCCACCCCAGUUCAAGAGGUUCACCAAUAUGUGGGCCCUUAUCGGCUGGAAAAAACAUUGGGAAAGGGACAGACAGGUCUCGUGAAGCUUGGUGUACACUGCGUCACUGGGAAAAAAGUAGCAAUUAAAAUUAUCAAUAGGGAGAAACUUAGUGAGAGUGUUUUGAUGAAGGUGGAAAGAGAGAUUGCAAUCAUGAAGCUGAUUGACCACCCUCAUGUUUUGGGACUGACGGAUGUUUACGAGAACAAGAAAUAUUUAUAUUUGGUACUAGAACACGUAUCUGGUGGUGAACUGUUCGACUAUUUAGUGAAAAAAGGUAGAUUAACACCUAAGGAAGCAAGAAGAUUUUUUAGACAGAUUAUUUCAGCUUUAGAUUUUUGCCACAGUCACUCUAUUUGUCAUAGGGAUCUUAAACCUGAAAAUUUAUUGUUGGACGAGAAGAAUAAUAUAAAAAUAGCCGACUUUGGGAUGGCAUCUCUUCAGCCUAUGGGUUCCAUGCUUGAAACAAGCUGUGGCUCACCUCAUUAUGCUUGCCCUGAAGUUAUACGAGGUGAAAAAUAUGAUGGGAGAAGAGCUGAUGUUUGGUCAUGUGGAGUUAUCUUAUACGCCCUUUUAGUGGGCGCCCUCCCUUUUGACGAUGACAACUUAAGGCAACUUUUAGAAAAAGUCAAAAGGGGGGUGUUUCACAUACCCCACUUCGUACCUCCAGACUGUCAAAGCCUACUGCGGGGGAUGAUAGAGGUCAACCCCGAAAAAAGAUUAACGCUUUCUGAGAUCAACAAACACCCUUGGGUCACAGCUGGAGGUAAAGGAGAAUUAGAAUUAGAACAACCGAUGAUGGAUGUAGUUCAAACACAUGUACUACCAUCUAUUGAAUCAAUAGACCCCGAUGUCCUUCAGGCUAUAUGUAGUUUGGGUUGUUUCAAGGAGAAGGAAAAGCUUAUUCAGCAUCUACUCAGUCCUAGCCACAAUACAGAAAAAGUGAUAUAUUUCUUACUUUUGGAGAGGAAGAGAAAAAGGCCAGCUUGCGAAGAUGAUUCAGACUCCAUUCUAAGGAUAAGAACCACCGAAAGCCAAGACCCACCAAAGAAAAGAAUCGAUACAUGUCGAGUUAACGGUCAAAAUACUCUACAGUUCGGUCAGAUAAGUGAAGGAUCUCCCUUAACACCAAGACGAUCGACAUACAAACGCCAUCAUACGAGAAGAAGCCCCUCCACUGGUAGUACUCAUAGUAACUUGAGCAUCCAUUCUCCUACAAGAUCUUCAUCUGGUGCCUCUAGUCCAAUACAUUUCAAUAGCACAACAAACAACUCACAUUCUGCUUUAUCAUCCCCAGUAUGCCAAAGAGCAGCUUCUCACCAUGGUCACCGUACUAUAACCACGACUUCGAGCCACAUCUCUCCCAAUACUCACGUGACCGUCACUCCAGCCCCCCCAACUCUAACCCACCAUAGAGCAAACAGUAGUGGAGGAACUUCAACUUCGUCCAUACUGUCCACAUUAACUUCCCCUGAAAAUGAUAACACCAAUCUUUUGGCCGGAUCACCAAUUUUAUCUCAAAUGACGCCACCAGGAUCUCCCCACUCUAGCUCAAGUCAUCAUUGGAAAAGUAGGCUUACGACAAUUAAGAACAGUUUUCUAGGAUCUCCAAGGUUUCAUAGGAGGAAACUACAAAAUGUUUCCACUACAUCAGAUGAGGCCCACUUGACGCCGGAGUCUUCACCUGAGCUUACGAAGAAGUCCUGGUUUGGCAGUUUGAUGACAACGGAAAAAGAUGAAACGUCCACGAUUUUGAUCAAAGGAAAGCCGUUAGCUACGGUUAAAGCUGAUUUAAUUCAUGCAUUUCUGUCGAUAGCCGAGUUGAGUCACUCAGUAUCAAGUCCUAUGAGCUUCAGGGUAGAGUAUAAAAGGGGGACAACAGGUCCGGCAAUGUUCCAGAGACACGUUAGAUUUCAAGUUGACAUUUCAACGAUCACCAAACAAGUUGGUGAUAAUUCGAAAGAGAAUCUAUUCGCUAUAACUUUUACCCUUCUGUCAGGGAACAUCAGAAGGUUCAGAAGAGUUUGUGAGCAUAUCCAGGCUCAAGUAUGUACAAGAAGACCUCCACCAAGUCCAAGGGCACAGAGAAAGUUCACUACAGAAUUGAGCGAGAGUUCUAGUUGCGGAUCUGACUCUAGUGAACUCUUUUUGAAUACGAGACAGGUAAAGUUGAACGUUCUUCAGCUAGAAAACAGUGACUUGGAAAGCGAAUGCAGCGUCUUCGACGUGAGGACGGCUACGAGAGAGGUGUCAAGAAGGGCGUCAACGAAUAACAAUACGGAAAACCUUGAACCGAACGUCCCAGGUACCCCAAAGGCCGUCAGGUCAAACUCCGAAAAUACUGACUCUUCCUGCGAAAGGACUUGCAUCACCACGAUGUCUGGCAGUUCGAUAGCGUAAUACAAAAGUUCCUUCGAUUUAUUCGAAAGAUUUGUCUGAAAAAACGGCCUUCUGCUUAGAGGAACAACGUCGAAAACUCAUAUUACUUAAGUCACUUGGUCGCGACUCAAACAGUUUAUGAGACUUGAGCAGUGGCGUAGAAAAUUGAAAUUUUAAAUUAAUUGCGGUUAGUUUUACAUUGAACUCCAAGCAAUUUUAUAGAGAAAGGGCACACGACGGUAAGACCUUCGUCAUUUUAUAUAAGCUGAAAGUUUUUCUGUGGAUGUCCCUUGUAGAGGUAAAGACGAACGAUUAGAGUUUAGGUGGUGGAUGCUUUCGCAGGUAACAGGCAGUAAAAUAGUACCUCAAAUUCGUUAAUAUAAGUAUAAGACUCAAUUUUUUUAUAUUUUCUUAGAUAACUUAAGAAAACUCGUCAUCCAUAACCAGACUGUAAUCAUAGUUGCUACCCCUUGUAUGACAGGUAAAAGCAACCACCGACUAUAGAGUUUGGGUUGUGAUUACAAGCAGGUAACAAAUAGUAACCCCCUGCCAAACACUCCUAAAUUUUAAUAAAUUAGAAAUUUUUGUAGGUCUCCAAAUAACAUAUAUAAAAUUUAGGUUUUAUACUAUAACGAAAUAAAAUUGUAAUUAUAAAAGUUUAGGGGUGUCUGGCAGGAGGUAGCAAUUGUUAUAAGUGUCCAGCAAUAGAUGACGAGUUUUUUUAAGUUAUCUCGAAGAAAAUAUAAAAAAAAUUUGAGCUUUAUACUUUGACGAAUUUCAGGUAUUAUUUUAUACACCUUUACUACCUUCUUUUUCUAUUUUUAAAUGGAGGAAAUCCACCUUAUGGACACCUAACAAAUCUCGACAAAUGUAAAAAACCUAUUGGGUAGUGUGAGGCUCUCCUGAAGGGCAUACUCACAAAACCUCUAAUACACCUCCGCCGAACCCGUAGAGAAAGGUUUCAAGGACGCCAACAUUCAUCUUACGCUUUCAGCCUCAGUGCGGCCGGCUCACCAAGGGUUUGGUACUCUACGGCGGAAUGUCCUUCUUGUUUCAGGCUUUCCUGCCCUAAGGAGUAUGGGAUAGGGUAGAAGCAACUCGUUGAGGGUGGUAGAGUCAUUCAACAGGUAGCCUAAAAAGUGUGAGGCAACUACCCAUCAAUGAUCUCCCUCGUUCCGUGGUUUCCCCCAUAGCUCUGAUUACGGAACUCAAGCCUGGGGUAGUUCCCUGCAGGGACUUGGUCGGCAAGCCUCCUCCCUUAGAACUUAUCACCAAGAGGAGACGCCUCUUGACCCUGGUCUUGCGACCUUUGCGGACUUGCACAACUAACGCAAACCCUAAGUCCUCACAGUAAAGGAUCAGCCUCAGUUUGUGCAGGGAAGUUAUUAGGAUGGGGGUGUUUAGAGGGAGUUUAGUAAUUUUGACUGUGAGCAGUGGGGUUGAGCAGAGUACUAACAUACUUUUUCGCUAUCCUAGUUUUCUAAGAUUCGAGGUCAUUUAAGGUAUAGUUACUCCUCGAAUAGUGUAUCGAGAAUUACACUUAAGGUCCUAAACUGGCACCCGCGGAAACAUAAGUAAACCCAAUUCUACCAAGUACUCACAGCCAAAUGUUGGCAUUUUCUUGCUUCCUUCUGGGCCUCUUAUGUCUCCUUCUGCUAAAACCUGUUAAUAAUUUCCACCUAUCUGUAUGGCCUCUGUCUGGUCGGUUCUGCGGCUCUCUGGUGGACUCUGCUGCUUUACUUCUCUUCUCAUGUUGCUAGUUCUGCUUGAACCUGUCGCUUGGAGUGGUAGAGAUGAGGGGAUAUUAUUAGGGAUGGGUGUGGUAUUGGCAGAAAUGUGGUGUUUGGGGAACAUGGGAUUAUUGAGGUAUGAGGAAUAUAGCAGGCUGGGAUUAGCCACGCCACAUUUUUUGGUCAGUCUUAAUUCCACUGCCUAUUUGACAGCAGGCAGUUACUACAAGCCCUCUCACCACGACAAGGUACUGACCUCGGAAGAGACACCUUUACUAUCUGUUACCUGCCAAAGUAACCAGAACCCAAACUCUAUAAUCGCUGGUUGUCUUUACCUAUGUUGAGGAAAUGCACAGAAAAACUUUCAGAUUUAAUAAAAUAACUAAGGUCUAGCCGUUGUGGGCUCUUGGGCUAUUAGCCAGUUAUGCUUGUAAACUUUAAAAGAACUAUCAUGAUUCAAGUAAGAGAUUCUGGUUGGGGAUUUAGUAUGACUAAUAAUAAUAUUGUCCUCAGAUACAUUCCGAAAGUUCUGCCAGUUUUGAAUGGGUUACGAUAUACAGGUGUUCCUAAAUUGGAGGUACAAACGGAAAUGAUAGAUUCCUUGGGUAAUUUAAGGAAAAAAAGAUUUAAAAACAUGGACUCGCAAACGCUUCGGUUCCAAGAUACAGGGUGUUUAUUGUGGUUCUAUAUUUUUGUGAUGAUUAUACCAGUUUAUCGAAUCUUUAUUCAACAAAUGUACAUACAUUUGCCUCGAAAAGGCUACAGUUGGAUAAAUAAGUACCAGCUAAGGAACUGGAUCUUUACAAAAAUUGGGUUUUUCGUAAGGAUUACUAGAGAAUUCUUUGACAUAUUUUCAUCGAAAUCGGUAGCAGAUACGACAUAACUCAGUAAACCAAAUAGUGUAUUACUGGACCAAAGUUUCUUUUUACAUUUUUCUAAACUACCAGUGGACCACCAAACCAAAUUUCUGGAGAAAAGAAGCUGGUACUGUCCCAGAAAAAAUAUCACCCUGUAGAUUUACAUUCAAAACAGCAUAUCACAUCAUUCAAACUUUAAAUCGGAAUAUCUAUGACAAAUUCAAGUCAAAAAUUUUGAGAAGUGAAAGUGCUAACUUAAAGUAUGAUUUUUUCAAGUUUUUUUUUUCUCAUAGCACUUUCCCUGACAGAUUCAAGGUGUACCUCGGAAACAAAACAGUUCGGGGGCCCAUGUUUAUGGGACUUUUGUUUCUUAAAAUGAUCCGAGGAAUCUGCCAUUUUCGUUUGUACCACAAGAUACUGCUUUUAAUCCGCUUCCAGAAUUGUCGACAUUCAUACAUCAUUUCGAAUAGAAGAAGGAUCUUUUGCAAUGAUAAUAUCAAAUAUAAAAAUAAUGAUAAACUCAAUUUUCACAGUUUUAUGAUACCUUUACUUUGGCAUUAUUCAAGUUCACAUUGCAACUGAUUAUGGAUAGAAUAUACAUUAGUUAUAAUGGUUGAACA